AUGUUCAACUACUUUGGCUUCAAUGCCCCUGCCUCCAAGAAAGAUACCAAACCUUCCCCCGUUCGUGCCUUGCCUGCAUCAUGGUACACUUCACCAGAGAUGUAUGAACUGGAGCGCCGAGCCAUCUUUUCAAAGAGAUGGCUCUUCAUCACCCACAGCAUGCGGUUGAAGGAAACCGGCGACUGGCUUCGUUACGAGCUUGCAGGUUUUGAUUUUAUCAUCACUCGCAAUCGACAGGGCAAUAUCAACGCAUUCCACAACGUGUGUAGACACCGUGCGUACCCAGUAGUUGAGAAAGAGGGUUCCGGGAAUUCCAAAAUUCUCGCUUGUCGAUACCACGGGUGGUCCUACGGACUAAACGGCAAACUGGCCAAAGCUCCGCAAUACCAAGAGCUGAGCAGUUUUGACAAGGAGCAGAACGGUCUUCUCAAAAUUCACCUCAAGGUUGACGUUAAUGGUUUCAUCUGGGUCAACAUGGAUGCGAAUGAAGUCCCGGAAGUGUCAUGGGAUGAACAUUUCCGCGAUGUCGAUAAGCAGGAGCGCUACAAAGCCUACAAUUUCGACGACUACGACCUUGACCACUCUUAUGCGCUCGAGGGUGACUAUAACUGGAAGAUUCUGGCGGAUAAUUUCAACGAAUGUUACCACUGCCCUACAACACACGCCGAUAUUCCUGAAUUCCUCAACCUUGAGUCUUUCGACAGUGAUCUGAAAGAUGGACAUAUUCAACACCACUGCGAGUCUACACCGGAGCAAAUCGAGAAGGGUCUUUACACUGCUAGCACGUACUACUUCCCUAUGUCUGCCAUGGUUGUCUCGCCACACUUUAUCAUGAUCCAGAAAUUCCUCCCCUCAAGUGCGAAGAAAUCCCAGAUGGCUUACGAAGUCUACCGAAACCGAAACUCCUCCGAUACCGAUUUCAAGCUUAUCAGUGAGAUGUACGCGCGUGUCAUGGGAGAAGACAAAGUCCUCUGCAACAACGCACAAAAGAACCUCGACCGAAAUGUCUUUACGAGUGGUGAGCUUCACCCCAAGUGGGAGAAGGCGCCGUUGUUCUUCCAGAGCACUGUCCGCGAUGUCAUCACGGAACACUUUGAGCGCGAGAAAUCCGAGGGACGGGAGAUCUGGCCGGCGAAGCCGAAGGUAUCAUGCAAUACAGAUGUCAGUGAGAAGGAUGAGCAGAUUUGUGCGGCCUUGGCUUGUGGAGCUCAGAAAGAGGUUUUGGCUUGGUGA